CGCGAAUUUGCCCUCAUAAACGGUCGGUUCGAUGAUUUACUUGGCAAUCUGGACCUCGCACGUCUGGCAGAUUGGAUUAUUUUUGUCCUUCCGGGCGAUAUAAGGAAGGUCGAUCCCAGCUCAUACACCGAAUUACUGAGCGCCUUGUAUGCUCAGGGACUGCCAUCAUCUGUUUUCUGUGUUAUGUCAAAUAUUUCUGACACCAGGGAACUGUUGGCUCAGCUACAGAUGAAAUUCACUGUAAAUGAAGGAAAAAUUCGGGUGCUCAACUCAACAGCUGAUGCCUUUAGCCUUCUUCGUUACCUGGCUCUAUCACAAAAGAAGCCAGCUUUUUGUAUUGCUGACAACUGCCUAGCUUCCAAGGACGCACUAAAAGUCGGCAUCACAUCCACUCGUCUCCGUUGUGGUAUGCUAGUAGAGGACAUAUCAACGGAGCCAUACGAAGACAACGAGGAUGAAGAAAUGCCUGUUCAUGAGGAUGCCGCGGAAAUACCUUCGGAAUCAGAGGACGCAGGAUCAGAUGACUUGGACUUUGAAGAAAGCGAGACGGCAUCAAAAAAGACAUGUUCCUUUGGGAAGCCGGAUAUCGUGCACAAAAUCCCUUCGUCUGCAUUAACUACUGAAGCCGAAAGGGCCAAGGCAGCCUACAUUGAACACCAAUUUCCCGACGAGGUCGAAGUGCCGCCUGAUGUCGCGGCGAGAACGCGGUUUGCCAAGUAUCGAGGACUUCCCAGCUUCAACAAGUGUACAUGGCCCACUAAGGACGAUCCUUCUCUUCCGUAUGAGUAUGGCAAGAUAUUUCGGUUCGCAAACUACCCACACAAUCGUCGGACCAUCGUGAAGUACACGUUGGCUCAGUUGCGUCAACUUGCAACUGGUGAGGCAGUUGACCCUCUUGGUAGCCCCCUGCGUAUCCCCUCCGGUUCGCUGGCCACCCUCACGAUCGGCCCAAUGGAUCGUCAGAUGGCUUCAACCCUGCUCUCCGCGCACACUCAGAGUGCAGAGGCCGGUCGCCAGGCUCAGCCCCUCGUGGUAUGGUCCUUACUGCCCUACGAACGCUGUCUUUCGGUACUGCAUCUUGUGCUGCAAAAACGUGCAAACGAACUGGCGCCGGAGGCCUCACCAAACCCCAAGGGUAAUAACGCCUUUGAUCCUGAUCCCAUAAUGGCAAAGGAACCCACCCUCUUCCAGCCUAUUUGGGAUCAUAAUAACUGUUGGCUUUUGUCAAACUCUUACUAA